GUGCCACGUCGUGUUUCAGUGCGCCCAGCCACAAAACUAACGCCAAACGCGAAAGAAACCGAAAAAGAAAUUUUGAAAUAUUCUUAAAAUAUUUAUCCGAAUUGAGCGAUAGAGUUCGAAUUUAAAUUAUAUAACAAUAAUAAGCAGCCAAGUGAAACCUCAGCAGUCAUGCAGGUUUUCGAUAACAAUAUGCGGCGUGCCUCACGACGUGCUUCAUUGCGACGUGGCUCGAUUUCGGCUCUGCCACAAAAAUCAGCGGAGAUUCCAUGGGACAUAUUUGAGAGACUAUCGAUGCCAUUUCUGUUCUGCCAGGCGGCGGCGAUUGUCAGUUCACAUCUGCUGCAUGCACUGAAUAUUUCCAAUAUUUCCACAUUUGCCGUCUUCGUUUGGUUUGCUUUGUCCACUGUUGGAGCUGUGCUCUUCUACCACUUUGUGAAGGUAUCUGCACCAGGCAAAGGAGUGUUAAUUACUGGAUGCGAGUCGCCAUUGGCCUGGUAUCUGGCUAAGAAAUUGGAUGAUCUGGGCUUUACGGUUUAUGCGGGCUUCAACACACCCAUCGAUGAUUCUGACGAGGCAAAGAUAUUAAAGGAGGAGACUUCGGGACGCAUGAAAUUGUUGCACGUUGAUGUUACCUCCGAGACAAGCCUUUUAGAAGCGGCACGUUAUGUUUCCCAACAUUUGCCUCAUGGUGCCGAAGGCCUUUGGGCUUUGGUGCAUUGCGCCCAUUGGAUUGCCCUCGGUGAACUCGAGUGGAUACCAUUCGCGGUGCUGCGCAAAAGCUUGGAUCUCAAUCUACUCGCCAUGACAUCUGUGGAGAAAUACUCGCGCCAGGCUGCUGAUAUUCAGCCCACGUUGCGCGUUCUCAUCGAUGCCGUUACCAGGACCUUCCCCAUGGCCCGUUACACCCCCGUGACUGCCACCGAGAAGCUGCAAAUUUUCCUGGCCGAGCACUUGGCGCCCUCACUGUACGAGUCCAUCUAUGGCGAGCAAAAGAAAUUUGUCUAUUAAGUUAUUUCGCAGUCCGCUUCCGUUCACACCCUUCUCUUCCCCCUGCACCUACCCCUGCUCCCAUGACGUCGUUGUUUUGCCUCUCCGAAUUGUUUUGUUUCCUUCGAUUCUUUAUUGCUUAUUUUAUCUAUUGCUCCGCUGUUCACCAAAGCGCAUUUAAAAAAAUAAAGCAAAACAUUGUCCGUCAUUUUGAGCAUUUAGCGUUUGUCUUGUAUUUAUUACUUCUUCUCUUUUUCAUUACUUUAUUCUUUGAUUUCCUUUUGUUUCUUUUUUUAUACGGAUAUAUUGUGCGUCAGUAUAAUUAUGUUUGUUUAUUUUUAGUUUCUAGCGCGAAUUGUAAUACUUAUAUUCAUAAAAACGAUAAAUAAAACCAAUGAUAACAUGAAAA